AUGACGUCAACGCCGGUGAAACCCUUGUCCCCGCAGGAGUGGGAAGCAUUGAUCGACGACUACAACAACGGAGGAGGACACCUCCACCGCUCGGUCCCUGUAUUGGAGCUUUGCCUCUCUUCUGUACUCCGCAAAGACCUCCCGCUUCCUCUCAAACUCCACAUCCUUACAUUUCUGGAACAACACUCCUUCUCCCUCUUUCCUGCUGAUUCCUCUUCAUUCUCUUUCUUCUUCCGCCUUUUUGAGUCGUUACGCUUCGUCGUUCAGUCCCCCACCGACCCUUUCUCUUUCAAAGACCAAUUCCUGAUCUCCACCACUUCCAUUUUCAUCCUCUUAUUGAAUGUUGAUAACAAUGAUUUGAACAAUUCUCCACUCAAUGUUUUAGUUGAGCUCUUGCUGACCAUUAUCAACCGCCCAAAUCACGGUCUCGACCGCCAGACUCGUGGUGUUGCGUGUGAGUGUUUGCGGCAGCUCGAGCUCGCUUUCCCUUGCUUGCUUUCUGAAAUCACUCCCCACUUGUGGGCUUUGUGCCAGAGCGAGCGAACCCACGUAGCUCAAUCCUACGUCUUGCUACUUUCCACUUUAGUAUAUAACAUCGUGAAGCUUAAGCCCCCUGACAGUAAUAUUAUCUCGAUUUCCAACGCCACGACUCCUCUGAUCCCUUUUAAUGUUCCACGUUUUUUGAUAGAUAGGGAUGAACACAGCGGAGGAGAUUUUGUGUGGAAAGAGGAGAUCUCCUACAAGGAUUUGAGGAGAGUGAUUGCUUUCUUGCUAGAGUGGCCGCCGAAUUUAACUCCCUUUGGGCUUUUGGAAUUUAUGACCACUACGAUUCCGGUAGUGGAAGAGCUGGAAUUGCAGGCAUCUUUGUUAAGAGUGCAAUUUUCAGGACUGCUCUAUACCUAUGAUCCUUUGCUUUGCCAUGCUUUUUUAGAAAUGUAUUCGAAGUUCCUGGAUUCUUUCGAUGGGCAAGAUCUUGAUGUUGCUAAUCGCCUAUUGUUGAUGACGAAAGAAUCCCAACAUCAUUUGGUUUUUCGAUUAUUGGGGCUUCAUUGGUUGUUGGGAUUCAUUGUGUUGUUAGUCAAUAAAGAUUUGGGGAAGAAGAGAAGCAUCCUUGAAAUAAGCUUGAGCUUUUAUCCGACCCUUUUUGAUUCCCUCUCUUUGAAAGCCCUGAAGCUCGACUUGCUGGCAUAUUGCUCUGUUCUCAGUAACUCUGGAGAUGCGAAUGCUGUAAAGGAUGUGGAAGGAGGAAUGGAGGUGUUUGAGGUGAAGCUAUUUGAAGACGGUCUUGUUGCUAUGUCGGCUUUCAAAUGGUUGCCUCCUUGGAGCACUGAAACUGCCGUGGUAUUCAGGACCUUCCAUAAGUUUCUGAUUGGUGCAUCACCACAUUCUGAUACUGAUUCUUCUUCUGGUCGUUCUGUCAUGGAGUCCAACGUCUUUCAUACCUUACAGAGGAUGCUUGUGGACUCAACUUCUGAAUAUCAAGGACUAGUAUCUGUCAUUCUUGCUUUCGUCAACCGCUUGUUGGGAUGCCACAAACAUCGGUGGUUGGGAGAUAAACUUGUUGAAACAUUAGAUGAGCAUUUGCUUCAAAAACUCAAAAUAGACUACAGAUUGGGAUCUUACUUCCCCUUGUUUGAGAUAAUUGCUGAAAAUAAUAAAGUUUCACCAAUUGGAUUGUUAGAGAUUCUCAUGAAGUUCCUGCUUUUCCUUGUAGAGAGACAUGGUCCUGACACAGGGUUGAAAUCUUGGGGCCUGGGAAGUAAAGUUCUCAGUGUUUGUCGAACAAUGCUGAUUCACCACCAUAGCUCUGGCUUAUUCCUUGGAUUGUCUCAUCUUCUUGCAUUUACUUGUCUACACUUUCCUGAUUUGGAGGUUCGUGACAAUUCGAGAUUCUACUUGCGAAUGCUUGUAUGUAUACCAGGGAAGAAGCUCAAGCACAUUCUGCACACUGGGGAGCAGUUGCCUGGCAUGUCACCUUCUACUAAUUCUAAUUCAUUCUUCAGUCUUCAGUCUCCCAGAUCUUCAUAUGACCUCAAGAAAUCUCACAAUAUUGCAUCCUAUAUCCAUGUUGAGCGCCUGAUGCCUUUAUUAGUAAAGCAGUCGUGGUCCCUGCCUUUAUCAAAUCUAGGCAUCAGUUGCAGCAAACCUAGUUAUUUAGAAGGCGGCAUCAGGGAUAAUGAACCUGCCUCUACUGAGGAAACAGAGAUUGGAACUAGUACAAGCACUGAUAUUAUCACCAAAACUGACGAAACUCAUCAGCAGCAGGAGCCUUUGCGCGUGAUGGAUUCAAAGAUUUCAGAGAUGGUUAGGGUCCUGAGAAGGCAUUUUUCAUUUAUUCCUGAUUAUAGACAUAUGCCAGGUCUCAAGAUUAAGAUAUUGUGUAGUUUGAGAUUUGAUUCAGAGGCAUUCAGUCACGAAUGGGCAGUCAAUAUGCUACCUUGUAAUAAAGUAGAAGAUGCACUUCCUGCCAUAUACGCCACGGUUCUCAAUUUUACAUCUUCUGCACCAUAUGGCUCUAUGCCAUCAUAUCUAGUCCCUUUUCUUGUUGGUCAACCGCCCAAAAAUGAUUGUUUAUUGGGUGAAACUUGUAAUUCUUUAGAAAUUAUUAUGCCUGCUGAAAAUGGUUGUGGAGAAGGUAAAAAUAGCUUCGAAGCUCCUGUAGUUAUACAACUGGAACCGCGGGAACCGAUGCCUGGUCUUGUCGAUGUCUUCAUUGAGACUAAUGCAGAAAAUGGUCAGAUAAUUCGAGGGCAGCUUCAUAGUAUAUCUGUUGGAAUCGAAGAUAUGUUUCUCAAAGCUAUUAUUCCAGAAGACAUUGAAGGAGAAGCUGUACCUCGUUACCAUUUAGACUUGUUCAAUGCACUGUGGGAGGCCUGUGGUACACCAUCAUCAAUCACAGGUCGGGAGACCUUUGUGUUGAGAGGAGGAAAAGGGAUUGCUGCAAUCAAUGGAACUCGAUCAGUGAAACUCCUUCAAGUUCCCGUGACAUAUUUGAUUCAAGCUGUUGAGCGUAAUUUGACACCUUUUGUUGUUUGUGUAAUUGGUGAAGCACUGGUUGAUAUGGUGAAGGCUGGGGGAAUAAUGAAGGACAUAGUUUGGAAGGAUAAGGAUGAUGAUGAUGCAAUAAAAACCUGCAGCCCAACUGGGGGCCCCCUUUAUCUCAAGUAUUUCGAUGAUGAUAACGAGAAUCAAAACCCACCAAUUACUAGAAAAACCGUUGCCGGUUACCUUGACAUUUUGAUAUUUCUUCCACCAAGAUUCCAUCUUCUUUUUCAAAUGGAAGUCGGUGAGGUUUCAACUCUAGUUCACAUUAGAACUGAUCAUUGGCCAUGCUUAGCAUAUGUUGAUGACUAUCUCGAAGCUUUAUUUCUCGACUCACCCUAA